AUGGUUGCUACGCGGUCGGCGAGGAGCCGGACUGCAGCGAGUGGGGCAGUGGCAGGUCAGCCGGCGACUGAGAACCUCCAGGAGCAGCCGACGCCCACGUCCCGCGCGACGCGGGCGAAACUCACCCGUUCCGCCGCCCUCCCGAAGCGCACGUUCGGCCGCAACCUCGCGAACAACGCCCCCGCCGCGCCGACGCCCUCCGCCCGGCAGGAGAAGCAGACCCCGGCGACGCGGCGGUCCACGCGCAAUGCGCAGCGCACUCCUGUUGCCGCGCUGGCGGCCAAACAGGCCGACGGCGAGGCCCCGGAGACCCCCGCUGCGGUCGUCGCGGACACGGUGUCCCCGGCCUCGAUCGGGGAGGCCGUGAACCUCGCGCCGGAGGCGUCGCUGGCCCCGCUGGAGCUCCCCGAGACGGGCAGCGACGCCGGCGACACGGGGAGCGUCCACGGGGCGUCCUCGCCGCUGUCGAGCUUCGGCGCCGCGGUGAGGGCUGCGGCCGUGGAGUUCGGCACCCCGGGCACGCCGAAGCUCGCCGCGAGCCCUGUGCAGGACGCUCCAACGCCAGUCCCCACCCUGACUCCGGGAACGCUCGGCGCCCUCGCGGACGGCUUCGCGGCGCAGCUCCGCGUGGGGUCGCCCGCGCCCCCCGUGGGCUCCUCGGAGGCCGCGGGCACUCCUGCCGCGCGCGGCGGCGGCAAGGCCCCUGCAAACACGCCCUGCGUGGCCCCGGCGGCCAACGCGCGGUUCCUGUCGAUCACCCCGCUCGCCAAGGCCCUGCAGCACUGCGCCGACAAGGCCAGCGCCGGGGAGGGGGGGAGUCCCGUCCUGGUCCCCCCGGCAACGCCCGCAGGUGAUGCCUUUGGGAACCUGAUGGCCGGCGUGCACGAGACGCCCGUCCCCGCGGUGCUGCGCUCCGGGCUGGCGACGCUGUCGCCUGCGUCGGAGUGCGGGUCGACGCCCGCACGCCCCGGCGCCAACCCCCCCCCGCCGUCGCCGCUGCUCGCCGGCGUCCCCAUCCCCGCGGGGACCAACGACGCGUUCCAGGGCUUCGACAAGGUCGUCAACGGCGUGAGCACGGUCCCGGACGCCGGAUCCGUCGGCGGAAAGGCGCAGAUGGACGCCUCCGGCCUCGCCGCGGCCCUGCGGGGCCUCCCGCGUGACCUGCACGCGACGCCGGUGGGGCCCACGCCGGAGCAGCCCCCGCGCUGCGACGACGAGGAGCUGCUCUGGGCGUCCGUCCCGAGGGGCACGCCGAUCUUCGAGAUGUCCCCGGAGCCGGGCGCGGCGCUCGCGGAGCACAUCGCGGCGUGCCGCGACGGGACGGUGGCGCCGACGCCGAGCCCGGCGCCGGGUCUGGCGCGCGAGAUGGACGUCGUGGUCCACGAGAGCUUCAAGGAGGCGGACGGCGAGGAGCGGCCGCGGCGCAGGGUCGCCUCGACGGUUGUGGUGAAGCCGGGGUCGUGCCUGUCGCCGGCGGACGACUCGCUGCGCACUCUGCGGCUCAAGGUGGCGCAGCUGAAGGAGCGGCGCAGGGCCGAGGAGAAGGCGGCUAGCGAGGCCGCGUGCGAGGAGGAGGAGGACGAGGAGGAGGUGUAUUGCCACAUCAAGGGGGAUGUUGAAGAGCUGACCGGGGCUAUGAGGCAGCUGGACGUGAACAGGCCGCAGAGGACGCUGCUGCGCGGCGUUCCGGUGCCCCGCGGCAACCACACCGUCUUUGACGCGGCGGAGAAGACGGACGCGAGCGCGCGCGGGGGCGUCGACGCGACCGACGAGACGGCCGUGCUCAUGAGGGGCGAGGUCGUGGUGCGUCGCCACACGCGGUUCGCCGACGACGACGGGGCGCCUGCGUGA